AUGUCCACUUCUAUUAUAAGGGUGUUCAAGAACUUCUACCGAAAUGGAAUAAAGAAGUCACUAAGGCAAAUCGCGCAAAUGAACGAUACCAAGUCCGGGCAUAUUGUUGGUGUUGAUGACUAUGGUAACAAGUUUUACGAGACAACAAAUCCAGAAGAAAUCCAUAUGAGGACCAGAUGGGUUGAAUAUAAAGAUUUCUGGAGACCUGACAUGUCGCAGAUUGAACCUGGGUGGCACUUUUGGUUGGCUUAUGGUACGGAUACUCCACCUAAUCAAUUGAAACCAUCCGAAAAGGCGAUUAGGCACAUUGUGCCAGCACAGGAAAAGCAGCACCCAGUAACAUACUCGUGUACUAGAGGUGCAUAUGUUCCAUACAACACAGCAAAGCCAACGCUUUCUUCAUGGAGUCCCAAGGUGAAGGAAAGAGUCUAG